UGGGAGCCUACGUUCACACCACCGGGAGCUGCCUCGCACGUGGAAUGGAAGUCUGCUACGCCUGGCGAUACCUAAAGGGUACGGCUCACUUGGCGAGAGGUAUUUAACGUUACCGCUCGUGCUUGUCAGUGUGCUACGCGUCUCCCCCAACUCACCUCGCAGCAUGGAUUUUAUCUCAAAAGUGCGCCGGCUUCCUCCUGCUCCCCCUCCGAAUGACAACCCCGCGUCAAUCAAAGGGAACCUUGCGUUGGAGAAGAAGCAGCUGUCUGUUAAUAUUUUGGCGUGGCAUAUCGCGAACUUUCCAGACAGUCGUGUUUUUGGCCAUGCCGAACUCAAGGAUCUGAGGCUGGUUGAGACCCAUGUGUGGAAAAACAACAUGGGCGAGAACGUAGAGUUGCUCGAGGAGACCAUAUCACCUGUCGAUGCCCGUCAGCACUCCUUACAAGGACAGACAGUCUGUGAAGUCACCGUGACUGAAGAGAUGCUAAAUGUACAUGGUACACUUGCUGGUGGUUGCUCGGCGCAUCUUAUCGACAUUGGGACGUUCUCAUCCCUUCUUACUCUCUCCAUGGUGACUGGUACCGACUACACCGGUGUGUCGACGUCGUUAAACAUUACCUAUCACGCACCUGCAAAGCCGGGCGCCGAGCUUCGAAUGGUAAGCACGAGCAUAUCAACCAGUGGCCGCGUCGUGGCCGCUCGCGCAGAAGUAUAUGACAAGAGAACGUCUAAGUUACUCGUCUCCGCCGUGCACACGAUCGCUCCCUUUCAAACUGCUCAAACUCAAAAUAAGCCAUCAAGAAGAGACAACUCGAAGGCGAGGCUCUGAAAUAACUUUCGACGCGGUACGGAUUGCCGCGGUCGCAUUUCUAUCUCACCAGUACAUGAUUCCGUCCUCGAUUGCAUUCUGUAUACAACCCUGAUCUAGUAAGUCUAGUUCUGCCAAUACAGGCGUCGGUCGCGAUCAAGCAUCCAGAGUGCGAAGGUACUCCUGUAGUUUCACUAGGGCUCGAUAUCGGUGGGAGAUUUUGUUCUUCACCACAGCGCUCAUCUCAGCAUACCUACCCAUCAAUCAGUUUUACGUUCUCAUUGAAUGUGGACACGGUACAUACGUCUGAUCAAAACUCGAUGGCUCAAAGACUGGGUCCCAACCGAACUUCUUUUCGCCCCUUGCAGGAACGAUGCGGCCGUCUGUCCGACCUUCGAACAGGAUGGGCUCCGUUCCUGGUCCAGCGCUGUAUGCGAAGGUGCAGACAGCCCAUGCGUUGGUGGUUGGGAAUCCGACGAGCAGCUUGUUCAGGCC